AUGUCCCGCUGGAGUGAAUCGAUUUAUAGCGAACCAAAUUCAUCAAGAGAUUCGCAUCAUGGAUUCCUUGCAGAGCUGGACGCUCGUCUUUAUGAAGGAGUACCUAUGUCUGACCCCAGGCUCGACGCUGAAGCAGAAGAAUGGGCAGCACGAUUCGUUCACUUACGUGUCCGAGGGGUGAAAUGCAGCAUAUUGACGGGAAGGUCUAAUGGAGCCGGGAGAAAUGGUGUUACAUCUCAUCCUCAGAAUAAUGUCGCGACGGACCUGCAAGCUGUUGCAGAGCCGAAUCCUAUCCGUUCGAGCAAGACAUCUCCAGUGAAGAAAAACUCGAACUCGGUUGCUAUGGUGCACUCUACAUCCGGUUAUCUACCCAAAUUGAAGGAUUCCAAGAGAUAA